GCUUACGCAGCCGCCGUUUCCGUCGCCGGAGUAACUCAUCGCGGGGUUUUGAAGCGACCAGUAUCGGAAGAUCAUGCCUUAUAAUUCUACGUUUAAAGACCUCUGCCUAGAUUUAGGGCUUUUUCUGAUAAUAGGGUUUAGAGUGAUUAUCGUAAUCUGAUACUUUUUUGUUCUUCUGGUAACGUAUGUUAGCUCAAGUUUUCUCCAGAAGAACGAGCUUCCUUGUACGUUGCUUCCACGUUGCUAAAAAUUUCUCGAAUCCUGAGCCUGAAGACAUUCUCUUUAGUGCUCUCUGUUUGAAUUUGAGACAGAGAAGAUGGAACACUCUUCAUCAAUUCUCAUCAAGUCUCACAAAUCCGUUGAUAAGUCGAGUUCUUCGCGAGUUUCGAAGCUCACCGAAGCUAGCUCUAGAGUUUUACAACUGGGUUAAUAAUGAUACUGUGGCUAAGUCUGAGAAUCGGUUCGAAGCUUCUUGUGUGAUGGUUCAUUUACUGGUGGAAUCCAGAAGAUUUGAUGAUGCUUUAUCGAUAAUGGUGAAUUUGAUGUCUGUGGAAGGUGAAAAGUUGAGUCCUUUACAUGUUUUGUCGGGUUUGAUUCGAAGUUACCAAGCCUGUGGUUCGAGUGUUGAUGUGUUUGAUUCAUUGGUUAGAGCUUGUACACAGAAUGUUGAUGCUGAAGGAGCUUAUGAAGUGAUUGAGCAUACGAGAGCAGAGGGUUUUUGGGUUUCUGUUCAUGCGUUGAAUAAUUUUAUGGGUUGUUUAUUGAAUUGGAAUGAGAUUGAUUGGUUUUGGAAGGUUUACAAGGAAAUGGAUUCGUUGGGGUAUGUUGAGAAUGUCAAUACCUUUAAUCUGGUCAUUUAUUCGUUUUGUAAAGAGAAUAAGUUGCUUGAAGCGUUAUCAGUGUUUUACCGGAUGCUGAAGUGUGGGGUUUGGCCUAAUGUUGUUAGCUUUAAUAUGAUGAUUGAUGGAGCUUGUAAGGCGGGCAAUAUGGGAUUCGCUUUGCAGCUCUUAGGGAAGAUGGGAGUGAUGUCUGGAAACUUUGUUUCGCCUAAUGCUGUGACAUAUAAUUCGCUUAUCAACGGGUUUUGCAAGGCGGGGAGAUUGGAUUUGGCGGAAAGAAUCCGCGGUGACAUGGUUAAUUCAGGUGUUGGCUGCAAUGAAAGAACGUAUGGAGCAUUGGUGGAUGCGUAUGGUAGAGCUGGAAGUUCAGAUGAAGCUUUAAGGUUGUGUGAUGAGAUGACAAGUAAAGGACUUGUGGCGAAUACCGUUAUCUGUAACUCUAUUGUUUAUUGGCUGUUUAUGGAAGGUGACACUGAAGGAGCAAUGAUGGUGUUGCGUGAUAUGAUCUGUAAAAAAAUGCAAAUGGACUCAUUUACUCAUGCCAUUGUUGUGAGAGGUUUAUGCAAAAACGGAUAUGUAGUGGAAGCUGUUGAGUUUCAGAGACAGAUUUCAGAGAAGAAACUUGUGGAAGAUGUAGUUUGCCACAAUACGCUUAUGCACCAUUUCCUUAAGGAUAAAAAGCUGGCUUGUGCUGAUCAGAUUCUGGGAAAUAUGUUGGUUCGUGGUAUGAGUCUUGAUGCGAUUUCGUUUGGUACUUUGAUUGAUGGUUACCUAAAGGAAGGAAAGUUGGAAAGAGCUAUGGAUAUUUAUGAUGGUAUGGUCAAAAUGAAGAAAACGCCGAAUCUAGUGAUUUACAAUUCAAUUGUUAAUGGAUUAAGCAAAAGAGGAUUGGCAGGUGCAGCUGAAGCGGUUGUGAACUCUAUGGAAAGAAAAGACGCUGUAACUUACAACACGCUGUUGGACGAGUCUCUCAAAACUGGGAAUGUCGAAGAAGCUGACAGUAUCAUAUCUAAAAUGCAGACACAGGAUGGUGAGAUAUUGGUCAGUAGGGUGACUUACAACAUCUUGAUCAAUCACUUAUGCAAGUUUGGUUGUUACGAGAAAGCGAAAGAGGUCUUGAAGAUUAUGGUUCAAAGAGGUGUUGUUCCGGAUCCCAUAACAUAUGCAACUUUGGUUACAUCGUUUAGUAAGGAUCGUGGUCAAGACGAAGUCGUUGAGCUUCAUGAUUACUUGAUUCUUCAAGGAGUUACACCUCAUGAACAUAUAUACCGAUCUAUAGUUCGUCCACUUCUUAAUGGAGAAAAUGCAAGGCCUUAGCCGAAGCCAAUGAAAGCUUCUGUGGGAUAUCAGAGGCCGAGAAACAAUACUAAUUCAGUCAGAGGGUUCUCUUGUAAAGGCUGCUGUGGAUUGUACCAGCAGAUUCGUAUCAUCUUCGUACACGUGGACCCUUGGAGGAUUCUCUUAAAUCAACGGUCAGUGUUGGAAGUAGGAUCGAGCCUAGUCCUGACGUGGACAUGUAAAUAGGGGGACUGUCUGACACGUGGCGGUUAGCACCGGCCAAACGAUUUCGUUGUCACGAGCUAGAAAGAAAGAAGAAGACAUUUACGUUACUAAAACCACGUGAUUGCUUAUGAAUUAACCGUCCAGAUUAUGCGAUGUUGCUAAGGCACCGUAAGGAAUAUAACCUGAGAAGCAGACGAAUAUAUAUCCCCAUGAACGAUACAAGUUAAAAAUGAAUGGCUGCGUGUGAGACUGCGAUUUGUAUGAAAUCUUCUGUUGUAAUUUGCUACAUGUCAACUUGUCAAGUUGUCAACACAUCAGAGCACCCUUUUAAUUUCAUUAAUAAAUCAUGUUAUUAUUGAUAUAAUAAUGUUAAUCAACGCAUGGAUUUUCAUCUCA